AUGAGGUUUUUAAAGCAGGCGCAACAAUGGAAAUUGUUUGCGUCCCCAUUCCGAUGGAUCGCUUUCCAUCAGGCCACCAAGACUCCACUUGCCAUAGAAAAAACGUUCAGAAACUUAUCGAUUUUAGUCGAUAGUGAUUUCAAUCUGGUAACGCACCAAAAUAACAGGGAGAUUAGUUAUCGAAAAAUCUACAAGAAACGCAUCGACGAAUCGACUUUUGAGGUGGAAGACUUCGGUCUUUGGAGGCAAAACAGCUACUUUGAUAGACAAACUAGUAGCUUGAAUGAUCGCAAGAAUCUGGGGACCGUUUUAAAGGCCUGCAUUGUGAUCACGCACAAUGAUUCUUUGAAUCAUCUGGAAGACAAGAGGGACAAACACAUCGAUAGUAUUGCCAAAGUGAAUUAUGUUUUGGUGCUAACUAUGGCUUCGAUAUACAACAUUAGCAUUAAUUUCUCCGUGACCAAUACUUGGGGUUACAAAGACAAUAACUCCCAGUGGAAUGGUAUGAUGGGGGAACUCGUCCGAAGAGAGGCAGAUAUUGGAGGAACAUCCCUGUUUCUGCUGAAGGAACGCAUUGAUCUGAUCGAGUACAUUGCGAUGAUUUCUCCAACGCGCUCUAAAUUUGUGUUUCGACAGCCCAAAUUGUCUUAUGUUACCAACGUUUACACCCUCCCGUUUGAUAACCGAGUGUGGCUUUCCACGGUGGUUUUGGUUCUUAUUAUGCUCGUCGUCCUGUACUUUUUGAGGAAAUGGGAGUUUGCUAAAAUCAAGCAGCAGGAACUUUUGCAUAAAACUGCUUAUCCCGAUGUGGUGUUCAUCACCAUUGGAGCCGUUUGCCAGCAGGGCGCAGCCACUUUGCCCCAUAGCGUUCCUGGACGAAUCGCUACACUGUGGCUGUUCGUUUCCCUGAUGUUCAUCUACGUUUCCUACUCAGCAAAUAUAGUGGCCCUCCUCCAAACCUCCUCAAACAGCAUCAGAACUCUGGAAGAUCUGCUCAAGAGCCGCAUUCCCAUCGGAGUGGACGACACGAUAUUUAACCAUUUUUUCUUCACGACUACUCAAGAGCCAACAAGGAGGGCGUUGUACGAGAAAAAGGUGGCGCCGCCCGGGAAACGCCCCAACUUUCUUUCCAUUGAAGAAGGCGUGAGGAGAAUGCGGCAAGGACUGUUUGCGUUCCACAUGGAAACAGGGGCUGGAUAUAAAAUAGUUGGAGAAACAUUUACUGAAGAUGAGAAGUGUGGACUGCAAGAAAUCCAGUUUCUGCAAGUGGUGGAUCCAUGGCUGGCCAUUCAGAAGAAUUCCUCUUAUCAGGAACUACUGAAAAUCGGUUUCCACCUUCUCAGAGAAACCGGAAUCCAGCAAAGAGAGAACAAUCUGAUCUACACCAAGAAACCGAGCUGCUCAUCCAAAUCGUCUACAUUUUUCAGUGUGGGUCUAGUCGACUGCUACCCAGCAGUGUUAAUAUUUGCGGAAGGUUUAGCUGCAGGACUGGCCCUUUUCCUUUUAGAGCUGUACAUACACAAGAAGUUCUCCAACCAGUGAGGUUGAAUCCAUUUGUUCGCCACACCCCUAAUACUGAGCAUAUUCAAGCAUGCAAUAUGCAAUAAAAUGGAGCAUUAAUCCUCUCGAAUUCGGUCCAAUCGAGUCAUUAUCAACUGCGUCUUAUAAAAACCUCCUUCAAAGGCCUAAAAACCCAGAUACACAGGCUGAUGAUAUAAUCCCAUCCAAUAUCCAGGCCACCAAGAAGCUAGAAAUCUCUGAUGACACUCUCCUAAUUAUUUCAUCAGCCGAAUUCGUUAUCAGUUGGUGGUUUAAGGGGAAAAAUGCAAAAAUAUCAGAUAAGCGUGUCAAAGGUUCGUUUUAAGCAAAAUAGGUUUAUUGAGCAAUAAUACUAUACGGAAUUUGGAGAGAUCCAUAGGCCGUUUGCUUCCGAUUCCGGUCAGUGAGGCCAUCGGGUUUGACCUGACAAUCUGGAAAAGUUUUGCUUGUAAACGACGCACUUUUGGUCGUCUGGGCCCAAAAAAACGCCCUAAAGGAUCAAAAAUGAAAUUAAGUUUUGGAUUUUUUAAAGGUUUUCCUUAGAGCUCUUAUAGUUUUGGUAAUAAUUUAUUCAAAUUUCUACCGCAUAUUACCGAUGAUGGUCCUUAACUUUUCACAUAAUAAAAACGGGUUGAAAAUGUACAGGGUGAUUUUUUUGGCAGGUCAGACCAACUUUUACUGCUCAGAAAACUUUAUGGCGCGGCACUGGCCGAUUAUUAUCAAAUUCGUGGAACCCACGUUCAAUUUAGCAGCUUUUUAGUUUUCGGCAUUUUUAUCGUAGCUGCAACUACUGGCGAGUAAUUUGGAAAAAUCUGCGUACCUCGUUCUAAAACCAAAAAAGUACCUUUGUAAAAUUUUCGGUAAUUGUAUGCUUAUGGAAACUGCCUCUAUCUCAGCAACUGCAGGCCGUAUUUGAUGCGACCGCCUCUAAAAAACAGCUCUUUAAUAAACAUCUGAUUCGUGAUCAAUUUUCCAAUUUACUGUAGGUUUUACACCCAAAAAGUGUUUUUAGGUACUUUUCCAAAUUACUUGCCAACCGUUGUAGGUACGAUAAAAAUGCAAAGAACCAAACGUUCUCAAGUCGAGCGCGGAGUUUAAAUAUUUACAAAUAACCGGUCAGUGGCGCACUAUAAUAUAAUAUAAUGUAAUAUGAUUUUUGAACUGUGAAAGAGGGUUUUACCCCCGAAAAAUUACCAGAACUUGUGAAGCAACAUUGGGACUCCAAUCAAGAAAUUCGAAUAAAUUGUCAGAAAAACUCUAGCUGUGGGAAAACAACUAUAAAAAUCUCAAAUUUUAGCCCCGUAUAUAAAAAACAAAGCGUUUUCCGAUGUAUGUUAAAGUAGCGGAUUAAAAAAUUGCAUAAAAUCUCUCAAACUCGAACACUAGCAAUUUUUCAAUUUAAAUGCCCAUGAUUUGCAUCCAAAUAUGCAUCUGCUUCUUCGUACUUUCCUCCACUUACUCUCCACUUUGGCAAAACUGCAUUAUUGUAUUAAGUAGUAGCAUAAGAAGACAAAUUGGACAACACUCAUAUAUUUAUUCUAAAGUCGUUUAUAAAAAUGCACUUAGCCUAAUAUAAAUAGUAGAAGUUGAGCAUUGGCAACUAAUAAAAAAUAUAUACAAAAAUAAUACUUUUUAUAGCAACUUAACAUUGAGAGUUAAACUCGAAAAGUGCCUUCUAGUAGCACAGAGCCAUGAGGGUGAUUGCGCCUACGCAAGUGACUUUUUUGGACUUCUCGGAAGCCUCCAAAUGUUGAGCAGAGCCUGAUUCUUCAAUACCAUUUUCGCUGAAAACGAUCUCAAAUUCGGACGAUUUUUCUUUGGCGCUCGCCACUUGCAGGCCACUGGACGGUACCGCCACUUCGUAGAAGUUAUUGUGCAAAUCCCUGGACACUGGAGUGCUACAGCCGAGAUGAACAACCAUCAAACACAUCGUCAAAAUAAUCACAACAGGUCUAGCCAUUAUGUCUUGUUUGCUUUCUUCACAUGAAGAACUGAUUACCGGACUUUCCAUUGUCGUUUAUAAACACACGAAAAUACUAUGUGGAUUAAGAGGGGGCAGGAGUAGAUUGAUGAAUUUUCUAAUGACCCUCCGAUAGAUAAUAAUUAAUAACCGAUAACACGCGCGCUACUCAUACAAAGUCUUUCGAAUCUGUUCAGUUUCGGAGAAUUCACCAAGACGAUCAAGGGGAAAUUUGAAUUAUGAUGAAACUUAAGAGGGGAAUUGCAGAAUCAUCCGGCUUCCUUGGAAUCUAGAGAACUUAUUUGGGAUUUUUCGAUUAAUCCAAAGACAAACAACAACAACAAGACGCUUCAAGUGUCGGUCAAGAUCCAGAUGUAUUUUCGGUCGAUUUAUCGACGGAAAAACUAAUAAUAAAGUAUGAAUGAU